AGCAUCGGCACGCCAAGUGCACCAGUAGCAACGAUCUCACGCGCAGAAAACACAAGAGAGAGCGAGUAGAACCGAUAUCCGUAGCUGGUUUGCUAGACUAGAGCGGCGCCAUGGCCAAGAAGGGCUCAGGCACUGCCGCCUCUCUCCUGCUCUGCCUCGCGCUGGCGGCGCACGCCGUCGGGGCUGCCAGGACCAUGCCCGCUGCAGCUGGCGGCGUGGCGGAGGCCUCACUUCCGGCCGCCGCCGCCACGGAGAAGGGCGCCGGUGCAGGAGGAGCCGGCGCGGCGGACGCGAAGAACCUGUUCGUGGGCGUGGGAGCCAUGGGGGACCUUCCGGGCUUCCCCGCCGUCGGCGGCGGCUACGGCGGUGGAUUCGGCAACAACGGAGCCGGCGUCUUCACCGGCGUCACGGGCCCGCUCGGCGGCGUCGGGGGCGGCGUGGGGAGCGUCGGCCCGUUCGGCGGCGUCGGGGGAGCCGGCGGCAUCCCUUUCGGAGGCUUCGGGGGUGGCAGCGCCCCGUUCGGCGGGUACGGCGGGGGAGGCGCCGGCGGCGUCACGCCUUGAGUACGCCGCGGUGGCCGAGCUAGCUUGGGCGCUCUGGGACGUGCAUACAUGUACGUGACGAAGUGGCGCUCUAGCUCGUGGUGGAUCGCACUAGCUUUGACCACUUGUUUCCUUGGACCUAGGGUGUUGUCAUGGUAUGGCGCAAGGUAUAUGCGCAGUAGUACUUAGUUUUCAGGUCCGUGUACGAGAAGUAGCUGAUUCGUUGGGAGUGUGUGUGUGGCCAGUCAGGGUUUGUGACUGUUGUGUGGUUGUGUUUGGUCGUGUGAACUACCUGUGUAUCCGACUAGCUAGCUGCUAAUGGUAUGUAGUACGUGUGAUUCUCGUGGUGUCCUCAACUCAA